ACAUGCGGAAGAAACGAAAACAUGGUGUCAACAAGUAAGGCUGUUAUUCAUUUGUGGUUUUGAAGAGUUUAGUAAAUGAAAGUAUCGCCUUGGAAUGUAUGAAUAACAGAUUGAUUCAUUCCUAUUUGUACAAAUUAAUAAUUUGUCAUUUGUUGACUUACAAUCAAACAUGUUAAUUUCAGACCAGUGCAAGUGUCUGUCUUAAUAAAUGUUUCGUCCAGGUGAAGUGUUUUGUCUGUUGUUGGUCGCAAUCUUGUGGGGAGGCACAAACCCGUUCCUUAAAAAAGGCACAGAGGGCAUUGAGGAAGUUCAGAAGAAAAACAAACUCCUCCAGUUUCUAGCUGAGCUCAAAUUUCUCUUUCUCAACUUCAAGUAUUUAGUGCCAUUCCUGUUGAACCAAAGUGGAUCAUUAGUGUUUUACUUCACACUCGCUUCUACAGAUCUGUCUUUGGCAGUGCCUGUGGUCAACUCCCUCACAUUUCUGUUUACAUUGCUGAUGGGUAAAGUGCUUGGAGAAGAGUUUGGAGGAAAAGGGGCCAUAAUGGGUAUGUUACUCAUCAUGUGUGGGGUGACGGUGUGUGUCCUGAGUUCUGUCUCUGAGACGCACGGCAUUGGAGCCCGAAACAUAAGUGAGACCUAAAAUAUGGACUGAAAGGUAAACGUGGAGAAAGUUUUAUCUGCAUCAGCCACAUCAAUGUUUGAAGGUAGUAAGAUUAUGUGCUGCUUCAUUUUCAGUAUGUGCCAUGACUGGAGGACUUUAUAUUUGUACUUGAACUAUCUUGGUGAAAUCCAAAUGUUUUGCACUUUAUGUGGAUUGUGGAGCAUACGAAGAUAAAUGUGUGUAUAAUAUUAUUAACUGACAUUUUUAAUAUAUUUGUAUUAAUAAUGUGAAAGUGGUCUGUGUUGGAUACUUUUAUUUGAAUUGUCUUUUACAAUCAGAUGUCAUAUUUUUUGAAACGGAAGGAAUAAAAAUGAUAAGAAGC